AUGGAGAAGGACAAGUCCCCACAGUUGGUGACUCCUGCAUCAGUGAAAGCCAUCAUCUCGAGGAUUGAGGUCGCCCAGCUAAGUCGGGUUCAGGAGGAUAUCUCUUCCCAGCUCGCCGAAAUCUUGGACAAUGUCAAUUGUGUCAUCAACCGCUUCCAGGAAGAACUGGGAUAUGAUUUAAAAGAAAAAGCAAAAUCUCGCCAGAUACAGCAAAGGGGCAAGAAAAGAUUCAUCUUGUUGGAGAAAAUUGCCUCCUUCUCCAAAGAUGCGAAGACUAAAGAGAAGCACUUAUACGAAAUUCUCCACUGGCUGGGUGACUGGGGUGACAGUCUGACCUAUGAGAUCAGUAACAGGCAGAGUGAGAAGGAAGAGGAAGGCCUGGACGAAUGGAUUGAGGUGAUGGAAAAAUUGUUACCUCUCUCCCUCAUCACCACCAAAGGAGGCAUCGAAUCUCUCAUUUCCCUUUGCUCCACUCUCAUUGAAGGACAAAAGAAAAGGGCACAAAUGUCCAAACAUACAUUCUGGCAAGGCUGGCAGAAACAAAACCUACAAAAAUCGACAUCCUGCCCUCAGCCACUGAGCCCAGAACAGAUGCUCCAGGACAAGAAUACUACCUGUGCGAAGGUUUCUGAGGUGAGGUCCAUGCUGCAGGAGCUCCUGGACUCCACCAUGUUCAACCAGGGAGAAGUCAGGGCCAUCAGGUACAUGUCUGCUGUGGUGGAGAACCUCAACAGGGCCUUGAUCCUCCAGGACAAUGAGAACAGGAGCCUGGAGACCAAAUACAGGCAACUGAAAAUAGAGAUGACCAAAGAACUCAGCAGCCAGAGGCUGGACUUCCAGAACUCCCUCCAAAUCCUUGAGAAUAAGAGGGAUGCCCUAUUAAGCCAGGUAGAAACUCUAGGGGGAAAGUGUCAUGACCUUCUCCUGAUAAAGCAUGACUUAGAGUUUCAGCUGAAGAAUGCUCAGUCUGCUAAAGGUCAAGCUGACACUCUGGGCCCACUUGAGAAAGAGGCUCUCCCGAAGAAAGAAUCAGCCAUGGAGGAGCCGUUAUUUUCACCACUUUCCCCAAGUCCCAGGGCCAGUGCUGGGGAAAGUGGUACUAGGUCUUUAGCAUGUCAGCCACUUUCCCUCAUGACUGUGCACUCGAGGAUUGCAGAUGCAUACAGCAGCAGGGAUGCUGAAAGUCUUCAGCCUGUGUUUCCAUCCUCAGUGGAUCACAAGAAAUGGGAAAUAAUGUUGGCAGAGAGCCCAGACCACAAAGUUAAAGACCAGAAGGACUUCUUCCAGGAAGCAGCCCAGGAGAAAGAAGGACUCCAAAUUAAGUCCCAUGUUAGGGAGCAGCUGUCUCUAGAGAGCUCUAGGACGGUGGCCUUGGAGAGCAAGGGGGAGCACUGGGAAGAGGAACUCAGCUGGGAGAGGCGGAGGCAGCAGUGGCUGGAGGAGGAGGAGCUAUGGCUGCAGCGGCAGCAGAAGUGGGCCCUGCUGGAACAGGAGCACCAGGAGAAGCUGCGGCAGUGGGCGGUGCAGGAAGCGGCAAAGGAGCAGCAGGAGAGAUUGGUCCAGCUGGAAAAGGGGGAAGGGGGCCCUCGGAGAGAGCUGGAGCAGCCAGGCAAGGAUGAGGAGAUGAUCUUCGUGACCACCAAUCGAUGGAGGGACUUGGAGAAGGCAUCACCGCCCCCUCCCCCAAGCCGAACCCAAUCUGCUGGCCAAGGCAGGAGGCCACACUUGCCCAGGUCCCCUAAUACCUGGAAGCCUGCUCCAGGAUAUCAGAGGGUCAAGAGUUCACCCGAGUUAACCCUGAAAUCAUGGACCCAUCGGGUUCCCACAAAGAUCAAGAAAUCAGCCUCUGUUCCUGGCACAGGGACAUCCAUCAGAAAGGUGACCCAGACCCCUUUGCAUAUAUCCUCCGUGACUCUAAACAAGGAAUACCACAUGGAUGUGGAGGCCCAGAGGAAAAACCUGCAGCUCCUGAGUGAGAAUGCUAAGCAGGGGCUGCCCAACCCCCUGUGCAGCGAGGCACUGAAGCUCACCACUACCACCAUGGAACUGACCGAGCUCAGGCUGCAGAGCCUGUGCCAUAAAUAUAUCAUCUACAGAUGCUUCCAGAGCCUCCGACAAGAAGUGAUCAGCCACAUACAAGCCAUGCGGGAAACCGGGGCUACCUACAAGGCCCAGAGUCUCUACGUCUUCCUGGAGAAUAUCGACCACCUGCAGGACCUGCGCCUGAAGGCCUGGACGGACAAGCAGAAGGACCUGGAGAAGAAGCGCCGAGAGUGCCUGAGCAGCAUGGCAACCAUGUUCCCCAAGCUCAAGCUGGAAUGGAACAUUCAUCUGCACACCCCUGUGGUCACCUCCCCAAAUUCAAGGAAAAGCAAGCCGCCCCCCUCCUUACUCCGGCGUGUCCACUCUAGCAGCCCCUUCUGCAAGCAGCCCCCAGAGCAUCUUCCAUCCAAGAACCAGAAAUGUAUGCCUCUGCGGAUGGCCCGCCCACGGAGGAACCAGAUGGAGACUGUUUGGAAGACUGAUGUGGCCUCCUCCAGUCACCCAAUAGUAAAGAAGACCCCUGUCAGCCUGUCCUGGGACCAGCUAGGGGGAUGCCCAGAUGUUCCCCGGCUAUUGGCAUUGGAUGUGCAUUCCUCCUACCAUAAAAGCUUGAUGUCCCUCAAGGCCUGUGUCUCGGCCACCCACAGAAAGGAACACCUGGAGCUUUCAAAUGAGUCUGCUGAACUUGUUCAUAAAAAGUCAAGCGAGUCCCUCCCUGGAACCCUGAAAAGCCAGAAGGAUCGAGACAAUCACAGUCCCCACUCCAUCCCGUAG